UCAACAGACGCCAUUUGCUUCCUAGACAAGUCAAUAGAAAGAUAAAAUUAGUGAUAAAUAAAUUGUUGUGUCACUUGUGUCACAUCUUCCUAACCUUGUCCAGUGUGACUUCAGAAAGGAAAAAAUUACUAUAAUUACAAUAAGAGGAUUUACGGAUAAUUUUACGCGACCGACUGCUACUUAACUUCGCAACGUCUAUACGACAUUAAAUCUUAUUUAUAGUCGUCUCAUAGUGUUACAAUGAGUGAAAAAGCAAGACUAUUAGAAACUACACCACCAGAUGGCGUUAGUAGGACACAAAAUGGCAGCUCACACAACGGCGGGCAUUUUAGUAGCGCUAAAAAUCGAAAUGUGAAGUUUGUCACCCAAGACGACGAUGAUGAUGAUGAAAACGAGGUCGAAGUGAUGAGAUCGUGCGCGCUGCCGAUGGAGAAAAUCUGCUACGGUCUGGGUCACGUCUACAACGACCUGUGCGCAGCGGUUUGGUUUUCGUACACGCUGUUCUACUUCCAGAUCGUGCUGCGCAUGCAGUCGACCACUGCAGGGGCGCUCAUCAUGAUAGGGCAAGUCGCAGACUCGCUGGCGACGCCGUCCGCCGGCUGGGCGGUGGACUGGAUUAGUACCCCGCGGGUGUGGCACUUGACAGGUACUGGUUUAGUAGCGCUGGGUUUUACAACAAUGUUUUCUUACGCUCCCAAACCCCCAAAUUCAUGGUGGACGCUGUUAUACUACGGUUUUCUGGUGGUCUUUUUCCAAAUCGGCUGGGCCAUAGUGCAAAUAUCUCAUUUAUCUAUCAUUACAACCAUCUCCAAAGAUAAUCAACACAGUGCCAACUUAACUUCCAUAAGAUACACAGCCUCUGUGUGCUGUAACAUCUUUGUCUACAUGAUAACCUGGGCAAUAUUACGAAACGGAAGCACAAUGGUGACUCAAUUGGGCCCGGCGGACUUCUACAAGUUCAAGGAAAUCAUCCUAAUUAUUACCUGCGUGGGCAUCGUCAGCUCGCUGAUAUUUUAUUGCGGCAUGAGUGCAGCCGCAGCCGGCGCGCCGCCAACACACCGAACGCAUCGCGACCGGAUAGUGGAGGAGGAAAACAAUCAAACAUGUGAUGAUGGUGCGAAUAAUGCAUCCGGGAUGCGCACGAGGAGUUUCCUCCGAUCGAUUGUUACUUAUCAGGUUUCAAUUAUGUACAUGUCGUCGCGUCUUUACACCAUCCUGAAUCUCAUCUACAUGCCGUUGUACUUGGAGGAGCGGCUGCAAACAAAUGAUAAUGAUAAUUCUAUUCGUGGAGCCAUCGCAAGCGUACCUCUUAUGUGUUUCUUGGCUUCUUUUGCCACUUCACUGGCGAUCAACAAUAGACCUAAUUUUGUCACCGACAAGGUAAUUUUUGCAAUUGGAAGCUGUAUUUCGUUGAUCGGAUGCAUGUGGUUAGCGUUGGGCAUCUCGAACGGAAAUAUGUCAAAUGUUUAUUUAAUGGCGGCGAUUAUAGGCGCUGGAAGUUCCGGAACAAUGAUUACAAGUUUAUGUUUGACUGCCACGUUUGUUAAUACUAAUAAUUUUAAGGGUGGUUCAGUGUACAGCACUGUUACAUUCACAGAUAAAUUGGUUUCUGGCGCGGUGGUGCUUCUAAUACAACAUAUGGAAUGUGAAGACAGAACUUUAUGUCCGAACUUCUAUCAGAAUGUUUUGGCUUACGCAAGUGGAACAUGCAUUAUUUUAGGACUUUUCGCGUUAACAACGCUUCAAUGUCACAACCCACGAAUGAAACACUAAACUUUAAUUUAAAAAAUGCAAUAAAACUACAUUUCAACAAUUCUUUUGUUUUGUAUCGCCACAUCAAUGUAACUUGCAAUAAAUUAUCAUGAUCAUAAUGCUAACCAAAUGUAUCCAUCUUAAAUGUUAAAACGAAUGCAAUUAUAAUUAAAAAUCCACAA